AUUUUUACAAUAGACGGAGUAACAACGCAAGAUAUAGAUGACGCAAUUGGGUUUGAAGAUUUAGGAAAUGGCAUCAUACUUAUAUCAAUUCACAUUUCAGAUGUUUCCUUUUACGUGACAGAUGGCGAUUCAAAUGAUCUAGAGGCCAGAAAACGAGGGACAUCAUUUUAUCCAGCAUUGGGAAAUACAAUUCAUAUGCUACCGGAAAAUCUAAGCACAGAUCAAUGCAGUUUGCUGCCAGGAAAAUUAAGGAGAGCUUUAUCCAUUUUUAUAAAAGUUUCAUUGGAUGGUGUAAUAAUGGAAGACACAUUCAGCAUAGAAAAAACUUGGAUCAUUUCCAAGUAUCGAUUGACUUACAGUGAAGCAGAACAAAUGAUU